GGGUGAAUACGGAGGGCUCUUCCUCACCUCCUCCUCACCCGUCAAGUUGGGGCAGGUAACCCGUAACGUCUGCGCACCACGCCCUGCGCACAGGUAACGCGGAGCAGGAAGUGGCUGUCAGCGACGCUGCUGCUUUGAAAGAAAAUGCGUGUUCUUAACACCUGCGCGCUCCUGGGACUUGUUCUUUUGGCCGUCUUCGACUCAUCAGAAUGCGUACAGACGUCGGUCCAACCAGACAAAGGCUCGACGGUGACGUUGUCCUCACAGCUGCCUUUAGAUCAAUGUUUGGUGUGUACGGUCAGCGGGGUGAAUGACACACACACCUGCCACUCGUCUCUGUCUCUGGUCCCCGAGGAGGAGGUCAAACUGCUGUUAGACUGCCCCCAGCCCGUCGAGCAGGCCUACAAUGUGACGAUCUCUCGGACAAUUGAGUGCACUAAGGAUGCCUGCAGCCCCGCAACAGUCCAAACUCAACCCUCCAUCCUCUCAGAGCUCACCAGGACCUUCACCUGGGAACUGAAGGCACCUGAGAAGACAGUUGUGAGUCUGGACAUCCUCGGCGAUGGACUGAUGGAGGCGUCACAACCAUGUCCCGAUGGAUUUCAGUAUUUGGUGACCACACCCCAAACAAACGGCAGAAGCCAGACUGAAUAUUGUCGAGGUGGUUCUGUGACUCGUCUCGACCUUCCAAGUGAAGCUGUUGUGUCUCUGCGAGUCAAACCAAAGGCUCAGGUUGAAUCUGUGCUGUUCCAGGCCUCUGCAGGACCACUGAAGGGCAGAACAAUGGUCUUAUCUGUUGGUCCCAGCACGACUGUGAUCCUGAGCCGGGAUCCCAAUGAAGCAGAAUGUGAAGUGUGCUCUGUGGACGGCUCCAGUCCAAACUGCAGCCCUACAGAGAAGACUCUGACUAAUGUUGAAGCGCUCUCUCUUGAGUUCGGCUGUUUGAAACCUCAGGAUGUGUACAGUGUGAAGAUGAACAAGAAAAUAGCAUGCACACAGAGCUCCUGCACUCAUGCUGCAGGAGAUGUUGAACCCAACCUCUUCAGAGACUUUAAAAGAUCCAUCACAUGGGACAUCAGUGUACCAGAGAGGACUAUAUUAUCCUUGGACUUCCCUGGUGACGGAUUAAAGGAGAUGUCUGGAGCAGAAAGUUGCCAAGAUGGGUUUCAGUACUCAGUGAUUACAACUAGAAGUGACGGAACAAUCAAAACCAAAAACUACUGUAAAGGCGGCGCAGUGUCUCACCUGGAGCUGCUCGGAGCGACAACUGUGGCUGCAGAGGCGCCAAAAGAUGGAGAGCUGGACUCAUCCGCCUUCACUGUCAAAGUAACACCAAGAGGUGGCAGAAUGAUGUAUGUGAUGCCGGAUCCUAACACCAUGAUCAUCAUCAGAAAGAUGAGUGACGAGCCUGAGUGCAGCGUGUGUGAGAAGAAAGAGCCUUCAUCGAUAUGCCAUCCAAGAGAGCUGACGCUGAACGUUCCUGGCAACACCUCUGUGGAGUUUACCUGUCCACAGCCUGAGGAUGUCUUCAGUGUGGAGAUCAACAGAGAAAUUGACUGCACGGAGACCUCCUGCUCAGGUGACAUCGUUCAGGCAGAGUCCUCACUCUUCCCGGACUUUAACCGAACCUUCACCUGGGAUCUGAAAGUCGUCUCCACUCGGGCCUUCCAGCUGGACUUCCCAGAAGUGGGCAUGCAGCAGAUUCCCAAAGAGGAGACCUGUCCGGACGGGCACACGUACUCUCUUGUUACUUAUUUCCGAGGCCCAGCAACCAUUGGUGUCUUUUGCAAAGGAGGAACUGUGACCACCAUCCUGGCUCGGUACAAAGGCCGUAUGUCCUUACAGGUACCUGGAGACAGAAAGCUGGAUCCUGUCAACUUUAAACUCAAAGUUGGGCCUGAGACCAAUAUGCUGGCCAUAGUGAAAGUCAACCUACCAAGAGGUGUAUCAGACACUAACUUCAUCACACCAAACUAUCCCGAUGAGUUCCCCGACAAGCAGCAGGUGCAGUGGGACUUCACGGUGCCCGGCAUGCACAACUACACGAUGCGCUUUAGUGACCACACGGCUCCAGAGUGCCUCAGCGAAGACGUAGAGGUGGAGUACCAGAAAGAGGGCAAGAAGGUGACCAAACUGACUCUGACGGAUCCUCAGCCCAAACAUCAACAGGGCAACUUCAACAUGGUGCUGAAGAACUGUGAAACCAACAAGACGCUGCAGGGACUUACCCUGAACUACAGAGUGUCUUUAAUGAGGAGUGGACAUCCAGUCCUGUGCACAGUGGAUCUGACUAAGCACAAAGGAGUGUCCCUGCAGAUAGAGAAAGUUGGUUCUGAUCCCUAUUGUGAGAUGAGCAUUGACUCAAAGGUUGAAGAGAAGAUACAUGUGGCUGCAGGCACCAAGGCCGGCCUGUCGUUCCUCGACUGCCCAAAUGAAGAAAUGCGGCUGACUGCCACUAAAGUUAUUGGUUGUCAAAACAUGGCGUCGUGUUCUUCCACUCUCCUCACGGUUCCCAAACUGGAUUCUUGUCUACAGAUGCCCCUUCACAGCUUCACCUGGCACAUCAACCCCCCCGAGGACGGCACGGUGGAUCUGGUAUCGCCCACAGGGAGUCUCCGACAGUCGCUGCCCGGCCAGGAGUGCAAUCAGUCGCUCUCCCUGCAUGUGUUGGAGGGCCACGGGUUUCCUGUCGGAGACUUCUGCUUUGACGGAGCCAUCCCCAAAGUUCAGGUGCACUCCAACGUCUCCGUCACAGCCACAGUCCCAGACUUCAGCAAGACCAGCGGACCUUUUCUCAACGUCAGCUACAGUGAGGAGGUCCAAGAGACCAUCAUUUACAAUAUAAAUCCGACGAUGUCGUCUCCGACCCUGCUGGCUACCCCCAACUGGCCUGGGGGCAUGAGGCCUUCAGCCACUCUGUCCUGGAUCGUCAAUGUCCCGAGCGGCUACAAAGCACACCUGCAGUUUGUCAACGUCAGCCAGCCCAAAUGCAAAGACAAGCACACCUCCAUCGGGGUGAAGAAGCUGGGGGUGGAGGAGGAGAUGUUUAGCCGCAGGGAGGACGAGCAGUUGGAGGACAAGCUGCUUGUGGAUCAGAGUUUCUACCUCAACAUGUCCAACUGUAUUCCAGAGGAAGGAGACUUUGGUGCAGUGACCAAAAUCGUUCUUGAGAAGUCAUCCAAUUUGUUGGCCAUUCUCCUGGGGAUAGCAGGAGCUCUCUUACUUUUGCUCACAGUGCUGGCUGUUGUGGGCUUCAUUACAAAAAAGAGGAAGAAAGACAAGAUGAAAAAGGAGGCGGCCAUCUACAUGGGCAAAGGGAACAUCUUCCGCCCAGGUGACAGGCACUUUAGCAAAAGCCGGUCUGACAACGAAUCUCAUGUCUACACUUCAAUUGAUGAGACGAUGGUGUACGGCCACCUGCUGGCUGACGCCACCAACUCGGACAGCAUCCAGGAUCAUUACAAAGGCAUGCAGGUGGACUCUUAUCAAACAUUUACUGGCCCCACUGAUGGAGAACUGCCUGUUAUCAAUGAGCCGGAUAACGAGCCCGAGAUGGACCAUUUCAACACAUUCCUGAACCCUUCAGAGACUUUCAUCCCGUCUCGCCCGCGCACUCCCAUUGAGCGGCAGGACAGCCUCGGCUUCCAGGACCGCAGAAUGAUGGACAAUGAGCUGUACACGUUCAAGAGCACAGGUGAUAUGAACACUAUCCAGCUCUCUGCUGCUCACAUGGAUCCACAGCCAACGAUAACAGAAGAUUCCCUGUAGUGUGUUAGGACUGUAAUCGCACGAUGGACCGCUGUUACUGAAUUCUUGUUUGAGCACCAGGUAUCCCUGGACUCUCCACAUGUGAACUUCUGUGCCUCGAUAAUACUCAGGGAAAGAGAGUUCAUGGAGCUCCUGAAUGUAUGAUGUGUACAUUGUCUUGUCAAAAUCAGUAAUUUCUGAGGGAUUAAGAGUAGAAGCUGUGAUCUUUUCAAAGAAGUCUGGUAAUUUGGGAGAUGUUUGCGCCCUGCUGAGAGCCCGAUGAGAAUAUUAUAGAAGUUUGAUAACAUGUUUUUAACUCAACCUUGGGGGUAGGCUACUACUUGUAGAUGGUUUGUGUUAGUUUUUCAGGUACAGGCUAACUGUUGUCCCCUGUUUCUUGGCUUCACUUACUGAUAAGCUAACCGACAUUUCGCUGUAGCCUACUCCGCAAACAUUGGUCAUUGGUCAACAUUGGUCCAGCUUUUCAUCUACGUCUUUGUAAGAAAGCAACAUAAAUGUCUUAGUAUUUCUUUCAAAUUUAAUUGGUUUAGUUUUAUUAAAUUGAUGCACACAUGUGGCAUGAUUCAGGCGCAAGGGGGGAAAAGGUGCAAGUACCUUUUGGUCCAUGUUUUAAAAGUGUUUUUAUAUUGUUUACUAGUUGUGUGUUUUUACAUUACCUGUAAAUACAUUUUUGUUUUUGCAAUAAAUUUUAGAAAAAUUA